UAGUGAGCUGGUGGGUCAUGCUUAGGCCACAUUGGAGUGAGAAGACGUGGAACAAGUGGACCCCCCAUGAUGUUCCGGAUAAUAUCGAUGAUGCUGAUGAUGAUGAUGAUGACAGUCAUUGCAUCAGCGGUGGCGAACAACAAAGACUGGACGCCUGCAAGUUCCUUGAAGCGAGCCGUCUGCUCGUAUUAUUGCUUGCCUGUGGGAGCCAGCGUCAUUCCCAGGAACAUUUCCUCCGACACGGAAUAUGUAGAGAUGAGGAUGACCAACAUCCCGGUCAUCCCUCGUGGUGCGUUUACUGACCUACGCCAGCUCAGGACACUCAUCAUCCUACUCAACAAAGAGCUGACCACCAUCGCUCCCUUCGCCUUCGCAGGCCACCCCCUGCUGGACAAAAUCACCAUCUCGGCAAACGAAGCGCUGGAGUCCAUCGGAGCGUUCGCCUUCUCCGACCUCCCCGAACUCAGAGAGAUAACCAUCACGUUGUCCAAACAUCUGAGGCACAUUGACAGGGAUGCGUUCAAGAACCUCGUCAACCUGCGACGCCUGUUUAUAUCCAACACAGGACUCACCAUAUUCCCUGACUUCUCCAAGAUCCACUCGGCCGCCGACUGCACGAUGUUCGACAUCAACGACAACAUCCACAUACAGGAAGUGCCUGCCAACGCCUUCAAUGGCCUUUGUAGGGGUACCAUUAGAAAAAUACGGCUCACCACAAAUGGCAUCAAGAAGGUGGCGAAGGACGCCUUCAACGGCACCAAGCUGCACAAUCUGUCUCUGAGAGGCAACAGACAACUUGCCUACAUCCAUCCCAACGCCUUUGCGGGUUCCAGCGACUUGGUGAUGAUCGACGUCUCCCACACGGCGCUCGACACGCUGCCUGUCGCCAUCCUGGGCCGACUCCAGUGGCUGAAGGCGGAGUCGGCGUUCCGCCUGAAGGAGCUCCCCCCCCAGCGCUUUUACGGCAAGCUGCUCCACGCCAACGUCACGUACCCGUCGCACUGCUGCGUCCUCCUCGGCCUGUACAAGAACAAUUCCAUGUGGCACCCCCUGUGCUCCACCCCCAAAGCGCGGGAAGAAGCCGCCUUCUUCCAAGCCAACUGCGUCAACAUCAGCACCACCUGCACCCCCUUGCCGGACGCCUUCAACCUCUGCGGGGACAUCAUGGACACGUCCCAGCUGAGGGCCCUCAUCUGGAUCGUCUCUAUCCUCACGCUGCUGGGGAACAUGGCCGUGCUCCUCGUCUUGUUAGGCAGCCGCUCCAAACUGACGGUGCCGCGCUUCCUCAUGUGCCACCUGGCGUUCGCUGACCUCUGCAUGGGCGUCUACCUGGUCGUCAUAGCGACGGUGGACACACUGACACAAGGCCACUUCUACAACCACGCCAUCUACUGGCAGACGGGCCCUGGCUGCGGUGCCGCCGGCUUCUUCACCGUGUUCGCCAGCGAGCUGUCGGUGUUCACGUUGACGGUUAUCACACUGGAGCGCUGGCACACCAUCACGCACGCCCUGCGACCCGACCGCAAGUUGCGCCUAAGGCACGCCUGCGGGGUCAUGGCGGCCGGGUGGAUCUUCUCCCUCCUGGCGGCGCUGCUUCCCACCAUGGGGGUCAGCAGCUACAGUAAGGUGAGCAUCUGUCUCCCCAUGGACGUGGAGUCCGCGGCGUCUCAGGUGUACGUGGUGUCGCUGCUCCUCCUCAACAUCCUGGCCUUCGCGUGCGUGUGCGGCUGCUACCUCAGCAUCUACCUGACCAUGCGCAACCCGUCGGCGGCGCCGGCCCACGCCGACGCCCACGUGGCCCAGCGCAUGGCGGUGCUCGUCUUCACCGACUUCCUCUGCAUGGCGCCCAUCUCCUUCUUCGCCGUGUCGGCGGCGCUCAAGCUGCCGCUCAUCACCGUGUCGGACGCCAAGCUGCUGCUGGUGAUCUUCUACCCCAUCAACUCCUGCUCCAACCCCUUCCUCUACGCCUUCUUCACGCGCAGCUUCCGCCGCGACUUCUUCCUGCUGGCGGCCCGCUUCGGCGUGUUCAAGACGCGGGCGCACAUCUACCGCACGGAGAGCUCGUCCUGCCAGCCGCCGGCGUGGACGUCCCCCAAGAGCAGCCCCGUCAUCGUGGGCUCGCUGGCCAACAGCGGCAGGGAGCAGGAGAGCUGACACGUGGACCCGCCCGCCUUUGCUAUGUCAGUGUACAAGCCCCGUUCCCAUAUGAGUUGGGAAAUGGUGUU